UGGGCUCGGGUCCAUUAGUCCCCGGGGAGACAGGCUGAAGUGCUUGCCUGUGAAAUUAAAGCAGACUGGGUUGGCCCCCUGUUCUAUAUCCCAGUGGAUGGAUGAGCGGGGCAAGGACAGAUGAAAGAAUCCUGGGCGGAAUUUCAGAAGACCUGGGGGUAGAGCUUUCUGGCCCUUUGAUCCUGGGCAAGUCACUUAACUCCCCGAGGAGCCCCCAGUGUCCCCCAUCUGGGCAUGAAUGAGAGCUGCUGGCAGGGUUGUCCUAAGGAUUGGGUGGGCUGCCUUGUUUGUCCCGUGCGUGUGUUUACUGGGGGUGGGAAGCAUGACAGUACCAGGAGUAAGAAGGCAGCCACAUGUCUCGGGCAGCGUAUGCACCCUGCCUCAUGGAAUCAGGGCUGCUGAGGAGAGGCCUGCAGGACGGGCCCGGGAUGGUGGCCAGGUUCAUGCGCAUUUGGAACCGGCCCGCUCAGGGUCUCCUAGCAGCCCAGGCUCCGCCCCACUCCGGAGAGGCGGGAGUGGGGAGUGGUGAGUUGGGGGAGUUAACCAGAGGAGUUGAUGCUUCUUCUCAACCCCCUGAAAAGCGAAUUUGGCAUGUGAGCACCCAGAUCAGCCCUUCCCAGAGGGACUGACCGUGAGGAGGCUCCCUCUCAGGGAUUAGUCCCCCAUUCGGAGGCCGAAGUGUUCCUGACGCCGGGGCGGAGCUGAGCUCCAGAAGUCCGGGCGCGCACAGCUGCAGGGUCACGUGGCACGGCACCGGUUCCCCCUUCCUGCCAACGCUGCAUUUGGCUCGGUCCCCGUCCAUGGCGGCCCCUGGGACCCUGCGCUGAGCCCCGGAGGCCAGGGCGUCCGGGGCUGCGCCACUUCCGAGGGCCGAGCGCUGCCCGUCCCGGCGGUGCGACACAGCCGGAAGGAGGAGAACGACGCGAAGGGUUCAACGGCCGGUCGCUGGAGCCCCCCGGGGCGUGGCCUCCCGCCUCCUCAUCUGGGGAGGGCGGGGCUCCUUGCCCCCUGCCGCCGACUGCGACCCUUACAGGGGAGGGAGGGCGCAGGCCGCGCGGAGAUGAGGAGGCUGCGCCUACGCAGGGACGCUUCGCUCACGUUGCUCCUCUGCGCCUCCCUGGGCCUCCUACUCUAUGCGCAGCGCGACGGCGCGACCCCGACGACGAGCGCGCCGAGAGCGCGAGGGAGGGCUGCACCAAGGCCCACUCCCCCUCCCCGCGCGUUCCAGUUACCCGACGCGGGUGCAGCCCCACCGGUCUACGAAGGAGACACACCGGUGCCGCCCACGCCCACGGGACCCUUUGACUUCGCCCGCUAUUUGCGCGCCAAGGACCAGCGGCGGUUUCCGCUGCUCAUUAACCAACCGCACAAGUGCCGCGGCGACGGAGCACCCGGUGGCCGCCCAGACCUGCUUAUUGCUAUCAAGUCAGUGGCAGAGGACUUCGAGCGGCGCCAAGCCGUGCGCCAGACGUGGGGCGCGGAGGGUCGGGUGCAGGGGGCGCUGGUGCGCCGCGUGUUCUUGCUGGGCGUGCCCAGGGGCGCUGGCUCGGGCGGGGCUGACGAAGUUGGGGAGGGGGCACGAACCCACUGGCGCGCCCUGCUGCGGACCGAGAGCCUUGCCUAUGCGGACAUCCUGCUGUGGGCCUUCGACGACACCUUUUUUAACCUAACGCUCAAGGAGAUCCACUUUCUAGCCUGGGCCUCAGCUUUCUGCCCCGACGUGCGCUUCGUUUUUAAGGGCGACGCCGAUGUGUUCGUGAACGUGGGGAAUCUCCUGGAGUUCCUGGCGUCGCGGGAUCCGGCGCAAGACCUGCUUGCUGGUGACGUAAUUGUGCAGGCGCGGCCCAUCCGCACGCGGGCUAGCAAGUACUACAUCCCUGAGGCCGUGUACGGCCUGCCCGCCUAUCCGGCCUACGCGGGCGGCGGUGGCUUUGUGCUUUCCGGGGCCACGCUGCACCGCCUGGCUGGCGCCUGUGCGCAGGUCGAGCUCUUCCCCAUCGACGACGUCUUUCUGGGCAUGUGUCUGCAGCGCCUGCGGCUCACGCCCGAGCCUCACCCUGCUUUCCGAACCUUUGGCAUCCCCCAGCCUUCAGCCGCGCCGCAUCUGAGCACCUUCGACCCCUGCUUUUACCGCGAGCUGAUUGUAGUGCAUGGGCUCUCGGCCGCUGACAUCUGGCUUAUGUGGCGCCUGCUGCACGGGCCGCAUGGGCCAGCCUGUGCGCAUCCACAGCCUGUCGCUGCAGGCCCCUUCCAAUGGGACUCCUAGCUCCCAAUUACAGCCCCAAGGUCCUAACUCAGACCCAAGAUGGAGCCGGUUUCCCAGGCAGAUUAUUGCUAUGUAUGUGGUUCUUCCCCGAUCACCAGGUGCCUGUCUCCACAGGAUCCCAGGGGAUGGGGGUUAAGCUUGGCUCCUGGUGGUCCACCCUGCUGGAACCAGUUGAAACCCGUGUAAUGGUGACCCUUUGAGCGAGCCACGGCUGGGUGGUAGAUGACCAUCUCUUGUCCAACAGGUCCCAGAACAAUGGACAUGUCUGGUCCUCCUAGUAGCAGAGAGGUGUGUUCAGGUGGGGUGGCAGGGACUCAUGGAAUUCUACCACACUGCUGGAUUUGGAACCUCUAGGCUGACGCGGACGCAUGCAGAGGCUCUCAAGGCCAGGCCCCAGAGAGAGGUGGAGGGGCUCCGGCCGCCACAGCCUUCAUGAACCUGGCAGACACUCUGCCACAGCUCAUCUGAAAACAGACAUUGUGCUUCUCACAACCUCUCCUGGGCCCAGGUGUGGCCGAGCACCAGGGAUGGAGCCAUACAUAAGGGACAAAUGAGUGCACGGUCCUACCUAGUCUUCCCCCACCUCCUGAACCCACAUAACAAUGCCAGUCUCCCACUGGAGGCUGUAUCCCCUCAGAGGAGCCAAGGAAUGUCUUCCCCUGAGACGCCACCACUAUUAAUUUCCCAUAUUCUUUACCCCCUUGCUCAAAAAACCAAUACCCACACUUAGUACAAACAUCCCAGCAACAGCACAUGGCAGGCCAUUGCUGAGGACACAGGUGCUUUAUUGGAGAGGGGAUGUGGGCACGGGAUAAGGAAGGUUCCCACAUUCCAGGAGGAUGGGAACAGUCCUGGCUGCCCCUGACAGUGGGGAUAUGCAAGGGGCUCUGGCCAGGCCACAGUCCAAAUGGGAAGACACCAGUCAGUCACAAAGUCAUGGGAGCGCCACACAAACCUGGCUAUAAGGCCCAGGAACCAUAUAGGAGCCUGAGGCAGGUCCCCUGCACAUUCAUCAUUAAACUAUACAGGAUGAGGCUGUACAUGAGUUAAUUACAAAAGAGUCAUAUUUACAAAAAUCUGUACACACAUUUGAAAAACUCACAAAAUUGUCAUCUAUGUAUCACAAGUUGCUAGACCAAAAUAUUAAAAAUGGGAUAAAAUUA